UUUGGGGGGCCGGGGGGCGUACCCCAAAUCGCACCCCAUAUCCCAUCGCUGACGGGUUUGGGGUUCGGGGUCGCCUUACGGGAUCGAUUGCUUCGUGGCGUCCCGAUGUCUGUUGGGUUCUUCCUUGCGGGGUGUGACGUUGGAUGGGGUUUCUUCUCGGGGUCCCCUUUUCUAUGGGGGUUUCUCUUUGGGGUCCCCUUAUCUAUGGGGGUUUCUCUUUGGGGUCCCCUUUUCUAUGGGGGUUUCUGUUUGGGGUCCCCUUAUCUGUUGGGUUUUCUCUUUGGGUUUUCUCUUUGGGGACCCCAUAUUUGUUGGGGUUUCUCUUUGGGGUCCCCUUAUCUGUUGGGUUUUCUUUUUGGGGUCCCCUCAUCUGUUGGGUUUUCUCUUUGGGGUCCCCUUAUCUAUUGGGUUUUCUCCUCGGGGUCCCCUUAUUUGUUGGGUUUUCUCUUUGGGGUCCCCUUAUCUAUGGGGUUUUCUCUUUGGGGUCCCCUUAUCAGUUGGGUUUUCUCUUUGGGAUCUUCCUAUCCAUUGGGUUUUCUCUUUGGGGUCCCCUUAUUUGUUGGGUUUUCUCUUUAGGUUUUCGCUUUGGGGACCCCUCAUCUAUUGGGUUUUCUCCUCGGGGUCCCCUUAUCUAUGGGGUUUUCUCUUUGGGGUCCCCUUAUCUAUGGGGUUUUCUCUUUGGGGUCCCCUUAUCAGUUGGGUUUUCUCUUUGGGAUCUUCCUAUCCAUUGGGAUUUCUCUUUGGGGUCCCGAUGUCUGUUGGGUUCUUCCUUGCGGGGAGCGAUGUUGGAUGGGGUUUCUUCUCGGGGUCCCCUUAUCUAUGGGGUUUUCUCUUUGGGGUCCCCUUAUCUGUUGGGUUUUCUUUUUGGGGUCCCCUUAUUUGUUGGGUUUUCUCUUUGGGGUCCCCUUAUCAGUUGGGUUUUCUCUUUGGGAUCUUCCUAUCCAUUGGGUUUUCUCAUUGGGGUCCCCUUAUCUGUUGGGUUUUCUCUUUGGGGUCCCCUCAUCUGUUGGGUUCUUCCUUGCGGGGUGUGACGUUGGAUGGGGUUUCUUCUCGGGGUCCCCUUAUCUAUGGGGGUUUCUUUUUGGGGUCCCCUUAUCUAUGGGGGUUUCUCUUUGGGGUCCCCUUAUUUGUUGGGUUUUCUCAUUGGGAUCCCCUUAUUUGUUGGGUUUUCUCUUUGGGGUCCCCUCAUCUGUUGGGUUUUCUCUUUGGGUUUUCUCUUUGGGGUCCCCUUAUCUGUUGGGUUUUCUCUUUGGGUUUUCUCUUUGGGGUCCCCUUAUUUGUUGGGUUUUCUCUUUGGGGUCCUCUCAUCUAUUGGGUUUUCUUUUUGGGGUCCCCUUAUUUGUUGGGUUAUCUCUUUGGGGUCCCCUUAUCUGUUGGGUUUUCUCUUUGGGGUCCCCUUAUCUGUUGGGUUUUCUUUUUGGGGUCCCCUUAUCUAUGGGGGUUUCUCUUUGGGGUCCCCUUAUCUGUUGGGUUUUCUCUUUGGGAUCCUCUUUAUUGGGUUUUCUCUUUGGGGUCCCCUUAUCUGUUGGGUUUUCUCUUUAGGUUUUCUCUUUGGGGUCCCCUUAUUUGUUGGGUUUUCUCCUCGGGGUCCCCUCAUCUGUUGGGUUUUCUCAUUGGGAUCCCCUUAUUUGUUGGGUUAUCUCUUUGGGGUCCCCUCAUCUAUUGGGAUUUCUUUUUGGGGUCCCCUCAUCUUUUGGGGUUUCUUUUUGGGGUCCC